AUGGCAGCUUCAGAGCAGGGCGUUGGCCAUGAGGUGGAGGGGGAGGAGACUUGGACUGGAGACUUUGAUCCGUUCUCCGAUCCUGAAGAGCGACGGGUUCUCUUUGCCGCGUUUGAUUCCUUUCGACAAUACCGGCGAACGGCACAUCAAAACACUACGCAUCGCCGGCGGCAAGCUUUCUACGCCUUGCCCUCCGCUCACUGGCAAAUGCUCUCAGAGCCACCCUUCUCCAUCCUAGACACCUUCAACAAGGUAGAUGAUGCCAUCGAUACCAACGCCGAGAUUGCCGAUGCCAUCCUGGCCGUGGGCUUAGAGUCCUUUGGACUCCCCGCCAACCCAGACAAGGAUGACCCCAACCAGUACUGGCACGAGACAGCCACGGCAUCCGACGUGAACAAGGCGCACUCCACCAUCCGCCAGUUCUACCGCGACUGGAGUGCUGAAGGCCGCGCCGAGCGGGCCGUCUGCUACGACUCGGUCCUCCAGGACCUCCACACCGAGUUUCAGACGCGCCGAGACGCGGGCGACGAGAUCCGCGUGCUCAUCCCAGGCGCCGGACUGGGCCGACUCGUUUUCGAGGUCUGUCUGGCCGGGUAUGCGGCCGAGGGUAACGAGAUCUCGUAUCACCAGUUGCUGGCCAGCAGCUGGAUUCUGAACCACACGGCCGGUCCCGCAGCGCACGCGCUGCACCCUUUCGCUCUGCAUUUCUCCAACUUGCACUCGCGUGCGCAGCAGUUACGGCGCGUCAUGAUCCCGGACGUCCACCCGGGCACGGCGAUGCAGGAAGCGGCACAGACGCAGGCGCCGUUUGGCUCGAUGUCGAUGUCAGCGGCCGAUUUCGUGGUCCUGUACAAGGAGCCGAGUAACCGCGAGUCCUUUGACGCGGUGGCCACCGUGUUCUUCAUUGACACCGCGCCCAACCUGAUCCGAUACAUCGAGGCGAUUCACCAUUGUCUCAAGCCUGGGGGUCUCUGGAUCAAUGUGGGCCCGCUGCUGUGGCAUUUCGAGGAGGGGCAUCCCCGCUCAGACGGCAAGGAGAUGGGCGAUGGCAAGAGCAAAGACGCCUCGGGCAUUGGGGAACCGGGCAAUGUGGAGUUGAGCGAGGAUGAAGUGUUGUGUUUGGUGGGGCGUCUGGGUUUCCGUGUUGACACACGGCCGUAUGAUCGGCGGCCGUGCGGCUACAUUCAGGAUGGGGAGAGCAUGCUUCAGAACUUGUAUCAGCCCUCGCACUGGGUGGCGCGAAAAGUGGCGCAGUAG